CUGGUCAUCCCCGGCACGCCCCAGGAGCAGCAUUCUCCUCGCUCUGCGGCCAGAAGGAACAGUCCCUGCUCCCCUCCGCGCCAGCAGGCAGGGGCUGGUCGCAGCACAGAGCCCGGAGUCCCCCCCGCCUUGGAGGCUUUGACAGCGGCCUGCUUCCCAGGGUCGCACCUCUUCUGAAAGGCAGUCAGGACCAGCCCUCGGCUGCUGGCACUGUGACGGCUCUGUGGGCCUAAGCCUGCGAUCGCUCACUGGAGCAAACUUGGAGUAAGAAACGAGCGUGGGGUGAUUUCCAAGGGGGCAGUGCCCCUUCCGCCACUCAAAUACGGGCCUUGUUAAUCUCAGCCUGGAGCAUUGGCCCUGGGAGUAUUCCUCCUACGGAUCCGAUGGCUCACACACACACACACACACACACACACACACACAGCCGGGCUCACGCCCCCCAGGCCAGGCGUCCCACAGGGCAAGGAUGUUGGGCAAGCGCAUGGUGCUGCACAGCGCGGGGGUGCUGUCGGCGGCCGAGCUGGGCUGCCUGGUGAAGGAGGAGGACGUGGUGCGGCACGAAUCCUUCACAGCCGAAUGGAGGGACCUGUCACUCUCCACCAGGCCCAAGGAGGGCUGCUCCCUGCGGGAGGUGGAUGAUCGGCGCAAGGAGACGUACUGGCAGCAGCAGGAGACGCGCUUCGUGGUGCAGCGAUCGCCCGGGCUCAUCAUGCGGCUGGGCCGGCUGGGCGAGCCCCUGGCCUGCUACCUCCUGCCCUACCAGCGGGCACUGACCCUGCCCCUCUUCGUGCCGGCCGACCUGAGCGCCAAGGCCGAGCGGGGAGCCACCCCGCCCCAGCUGCGCCAUAUGAUGGACUUCGAGACGGCCCUGGCCGGGGGCGCCCCGCCCAACGGGCAGUGCCGGGACAAGAAGGCCGUGUCGGAGAUCACCAAGGAGCUGCCCCCCGUCGUCCAGCCCAGCCGGCCUGACUUUGGCAAGGGGGAAUUCCCCCGCUCCCUGUCCCGCUCCCUGUCCCAGGAGGCGCAGAGGGGCUGAGGGGCCGGGGCACGGACCUGCCCAUAGGGCUCUGCGUUCCCAGCUCACAGCUCCCCCUGCAUGAGAAAUACCCAUGGUGAGCUGGGCAACGCGGGGUUACGGUAGAGGGCCCCAUCCCAGGGCCAAAGCCAUCCCGGGUGUAAACUCAGCGAGAUUACGCCAUGGCUGCAUGUGGUUUUUUGAGUUAGGCUGUGAGCGCUGUGGGGCAGGGCCCGUCAGUUCGUACAGCACCAUGCAUGCUGAUGGUGCUGCAAUCAGAACGCUGUCUCUUUAAAAACAACCUUCUCGCCUGGGCUGUCAA